CCUACUUUUGUCUCACUCAUAUUAGAAGUAUAUAAACACAGCAUGUCCGCUGGCAGCCUCACUUCCAAGCCGGUGUCGAUAACAGAUACGUGAUUCCGCAGGCAGUCCCUUAUCGCUGCGCUUCCAUUAGAGAACUGACAAGUUGCGAGAGAUACUUUGCCUCUUUCCAGGAUCUCAUACUUCUGCAUUUGCGUCUAUCCGCAUUCGUUUUGCGCUCGGCAGGAUGACAGACGCGGAGUCUCUGCAGCAGCCCUGCAGUCCCCGGAGCAGGUGGUCGUACCGCUGCAUCGUGGCCUCCAUUGCUUUGCUGUACCUGCUGUUUGUGGGAGCCGCGAUGUGGAUGCUGAUUUCCAUGCUUUCCCAUGAAGCGAAGAGCGAGCAGACGGCGUUUGUGUUACGGCAGACAGCAGGGGAUAAUCGCACGACGGAGAAAAGAAAAGUGUUUUACCUGACGCUCAAAUCAGAUGAAGUGAAAAAUAAGACCAUGGAUUGGACGUGUUCUGUUUCCGGGCUCUACGACAACGACCUGAACAUAUUUGAAGUGCCGCGAAAGGGCAACUACCUGCUCGGCCUCAACCUGGUGUUGCAGUGUAACAAUGAGUGCCCCAGCGGGUCUCUGAAGCUGACCGUCAGCAGCAACAAAGGCGACCACAAGACCUGCCAUAUGGAGCUGGAGAAGGACCCGCCGUCUUGCAUCCACAUGCUGGACUUGCCAGCUGCUUCGCGCCUGAUGGUCUCAAUGGGCGUGGAGGUGCAGGAGGGAGCAGAGAAGCCGGAUGGGAGCUGGAAGCUGGACAUCAAGCGCUCCCAGUGGUGGAUCUUUAUUUCGGAUGAGUGAACGCUGGAUGGAGUCUGGUCGUCCGAGCUGAAUUUGCACAUCUUACUCGGGGCACUUCUGGCAUUCCCCGAGGACCUACCUUAAAGCAUCACCAAGACUGAUUUAGACCUAUUUAUUGAUAUUUGAAAUAUAUUUUUAUAUAUAAUGCUUGUGUGUAUAAAUAUCUAUUUAAGUUACGGGUAUUUUGUAUGAGACAUUUUAUACAUUGAUUUGCAAAAUAUAUUUAUAAAAUAGAUAACACUAAAAUCUAUUUAAAAUAAGAAUAGUAUUGUUUACACUUUAAAAAAAAAAAAAGAAUGUAGACCUGCACUGCUCCUACGUGGAAUCGCGUGGGUGUCGGCCGCCUGGGAGGGCACCUCGCCUGCCUGGACCCUCCAAGUUAAGCCUUUGAUUUAUUUUUGGUUAUAAAUGUAGUGUCAUUUGAGCCAAGGUUGAUGCACUUGAAUUCAAUAUCGGUUGACCAUAUUCACGAUGAUGACAGCGGUGUCACGCCUCACAUGACUCCAGAGCCAGCGGCCUCAGGUCUGUUUAGUCACCGGCUGUGCUUCCCCAGUGACGUGGAAAUUCUGCAACCGCUCCUCGUGCUUAACCAGCAAAUGCUGCGCCACGCACCGCCCCCUAGUGGCUGUCUGGCGCACUGUUCAGAAGUAGGCAGAAAAAAAUACUAUGGUUAUAAAGAACUCUCACAAAAUGUGCUAUGAAAACUUUAUGAUUUUUAAAAAUGUCUGUAAACCAGUAGGAAUAAAAACAACCGUUGCUAUUUUCAUACAGUAUUAGAGGAUACGUUUUAUGUAGUAUUUUCGUUUAAGGCACUCUAAUGUUUCAGACUGUAAUGAAUAAAGUAAAAUGUUUUCUUCCAUA